CAGCAUGUCGAAUUGAAAAACACACUAAUUACUCGUAUUACUGUUCUGAUGUUUAUGGGGUUUUACGCAAUUUCAAAAUUUAAUUGUGAGAAAGUCCUUUUUCAUGAAUGUAGAAUUGCCAUAAAAAAGGGUCACAUAUUUUGUUGAUAGUUAAUUUUUAUGUUUAUUUAGAUAUUAAAUACUGAACAAAGAGAGAUUGUUUAAAGAUAACCUUGUUCAGAACUACGAAAAUUUUUGCUGGAACUGUUUGUCACUGCUCAGCCACCCAUCCUUAUAAAAUAUGGCAAAGGAUCUAAAAAGCAUUUUAAAUCAUCGAAUUCAGCUGUCUGUCAUCAUCGAUGAAAAUUCAUUUGACCGACAAUUCGCCAAUGGAUAUCUAUUUGGAGAAAUGCUGUCAAAAUUUGGACUGCAACCUGAUUUCCCUUUUAUCCGGAACAGCGAUGAUUUGGAAACCAAAAUCCAUAACUAUUCGAGGAUAUUGCCAGCUCUGGAGGAUAUUGACAUGAAAAUCAACCUGUCAGAUAUCGUCCAAAUCAUAAACGCCAAAGCAGGCUCAGCGGCCCUCUUGGUUUACAACGUUCUAAAAGCCCUGAAAGUUCUGCCCAUAAAAAACCCACGAUGGACGAUAGAGAAAGCCGAAAGAUUCCACCGAAAAGGCAAAUGGGCGGAUUUCAUUGCCGGCACCAACAUGGAUUUCGACACUUUCACCCAGUUGACUAACAAAUAUGAAAUCCCGGGCGAAGAACGAUGCCGCUAUUUCCGGGAUGCUUUAAAUGCAGAAAAUGAACGUCGCCUGCAAAAGGACUCCCACCUAACAGCUUCUCCGAGAACAGGGCCGGCUCUCGCACAAGACAGUUCUAACUGGAGACUAAAGGUUCAAACUGAAUUAGACGAGUUCGACAACAACAACCAGCCGAUCCCAAACAAUAAGGCAAAAGCCGGUGAUGUGGUCCCAAUCGCACCAGCUGUUGCCUCUCCCAUUCCGACAUCAGCGGCAUCCGUCCUAUCCACCAGAUCCCAGAUAAGCCCAACAUCAGACAUCACACGAACAGUAAAAUCAGCGGAGUCAGUUAGCAUAGUACCACCUCGUGAACCUCUGCAUUCUCAAAAUACGCCAGACGACUCAGCACUGCUCAAAGAAAUAACAGCGGGGAUCGAAAUCACGCCUCCGUCGGCAACGGACCUGCCACCUUAUUCACCAGCGAAUCUGGCCGAAUUCGUACCACCCAAGAGGAAAAAAUCCAAACAAAGCCUAACUUUUAAUCGCGACGAGUACAUGCGAAAUAUUCACCGAAAAGCGGAAGAGCGCAAGCAGCAGAAACUUUCUCUGGAAAAAGAACAACAAGAACUAUGGCUGAAUUCAUUAGUCGAGAAGCGAAAGCUCAGGGAACAGGAAACGGAAAUCGCCACGAUCAACCGCAUUAAUGCCAGAAUCGAGCACGACAGAAAGAUCGCUUUAGCUCAUCUGAUUAACAGGCGUAGCGAGUUUGAUACAAAGGUACAAGAAGCGCACUUGAAUGCUGAAAUGGAUAAACUCCGGCAAAUGGAAUAUGUCAGGACAAUGCUGAAUCAGGGUUUUUGGGACUUCGAAGACGAAGGAAUCCUUACAAUGGACAAUGUCCAAGAAUGGUGUCGCAAAGCCGAAAUUCCUUUCAACCAAAACUUCUACGACAAUAUAUGCAAAAAUUACAAGUCAUGCAGGGAGCUCCUUGCCGAAGCAUAUCACGAUACCUACGUAAAAUCACCCGAACCCGCAGCAGAUGUCGAUCCUGCAGAGCCUCCACAACCGGAAACGGAAGUUACGACAGAUGAUCAUUCCAGUGAAAAUACUGCUGCCGAAAUUCCGGAAACACAAAGCCAAGAAACCGAUCAACCAGAUAACGAUCCACCGCAUAUCACCGACCGACCCACACUAUUCUGGGAAAAUCAAGAAUUCGAGCAGUACCAAGAAAUAACAACCCAAUUCCCGUACGAACACCUCAGCUGGAUGCAGCGUUUCAUCAAUGCGUCGAAAAUCAACAAGCGCAACCUCGGUCACAUCAUUUCCUGUGUCAUCAAUGAUCCCACAUGGCGGCAGCCGACCGUCCAGACGCCAAGAUUUUCCACCAAAUUUAUCAGCAUAUUUAUCGCGGGACGCCGGUUAAGUCUGCUGAAGAAGACAAUUCUCCACAAACUGGCGUUGACGUAUAAUCUGGAAAUCAUCAGCCUCGCCGAUCUGCUUCACGAAGCCGUGGAAACCGCUUUGGCUCUUCAAAUAGAGGUACCGGAAACUAAAGACCCAAAGGCGACACAGAAACGCCGACUAUCCAAAGGUCCCAUGAAAAAGGCUAGUAUUUCCAAGUUGCGCAGUAAAACGAAAUCGGUGGCGGCAUCGGCUUCUGCUCUCAACACCGGCUGGCUGAGUCCAGGAUCACAGAAGGAUGAAUUUUCUCGCCGAUUGCUUCGCUCGUUGUCCGAAGAUGCCGCGAUUGAACCGGCCGUUAUUGUGGAUCUACUCGAACAAGCGAUCGAGAAUCAUGUGGUCCAUCCUGUGCAGAACACGGUCGAUCCAUUUAACGACGCGGUUAGUCUCGGCACGACCAGCACGAAGAAGGGUGGCAGAGGGGAGUCAAAAUCCAGAACGGAAGAAAACAACCCAGCCCGCGAAAAACCGGCUGACGAGGUACAGCCAUUUGGAUGGGUAGUGACAGACUUGCCCAACUCGACAGAGCUGCUACAACUGAUCGAACAGCGACUCGGCGGCUGCUCUCUGGACAUCCACCCAACCCACUGGCAGUCGUCCAAAUUAAUUCCAGACGAUUAUGGUCAAAAACCUCGGGAAUUUCCACGCAGCUUCUUCAGCGCCAUUUUGUGUGUCGACUGUCCGGAAGAAAACGACCUUCUCCACCCCGAGAAACACACGGAUCCCCCUCCACUGGAAGAAGAUCGCGUCGUGACCGAUUCAGCACAACACAGCCCCAGCAAGCCCAAAAAUAAGCACAACACACCAGGACAUGCCCCGGUUACCACCGUCCAGGAGGAUGCGGAAGAGAUAUUCAACCCUCCGGAAAUCAGACGACAUCUAACGGAAUUCCUGAACACCCUGGAUCAAUUAGAUGAAACACAGUGGAAAGGUGUGGAAACGUUUUAUUCCCGCUUCCUAAUGAAAGUGUUUGGACGUCUGGCCAACUGGAAAAAUCCAGAGGAAACGUACUCCCUGAUUGCGAAAACCGUUGAAGAUGUCAUGGAAAGCAACACCAUCAUGCACACCGACGGCGUCAGUCUGCCGGUACAACAGCAGCUCAACCAAACCAUACAAGAGGUCUGUGAUCGGGUAUGGAACUAUCGAGAGGGUAUCCGGCGACAGGUAGCCGAAAACAUGCUGGGAUCACCGCUGGCGGCGUCAGCCAUUCAUUAUCUCUUCAAGCAGGACAUCAAACUGGUCAGGGACGUCUACUGCAAAUGUCAGGCAAAGCUCUACCACAUCGCGCGCCAACGCCAAGGCAUGCGUCACCAUAUCGCGAUCGCGUUGUACCGAAACACCACAUUCCCUUUGAAGAGAAACCACCAGCGCCUUGCACAGAUCAUGGAAAAGAAUCGCAGUAAUCCACAAGAAAAACCGGCUUCCAACCGAAACCGAUCGUCUUGCUUAGAAGACCGAGUGAUUUACGAUGCCAGUUCAAAGAACUUCCCCACGUUUCAUACCGUCGAAGAGAUGGAGAAAGAACUGCUGCGGAUGAAGAGAGGGGCGCAUGGAUCCCACCAUCGACCGGAAACCGGGCCACUCACUCAGGACGAGGAAGCCUUCCUGCGCCAAUGGCUAGAAGAGGCGAUACCGCAGUAUUUACCAACCAUUUCACAGUUCCAUCGCAGAAACGAACUGGUGCUUUCUGUAAUCGAUCUCCAUCCGUCCAACUCUCCACCCAUAAUCUAUCAUUUUCCGUAUCUCAACACGGACAACUUCACACACAUCCAAGAAGCUUGGAACUCCAUUGAAAACGCAUUCAUCGAGCAAAUCUCUCAAAUCAUUCCGACGAUGAACAUGGUGGAUAUCCAUCUGGCGCACAAUACGAAACACAAUCAGCAGCUCUUUACAUCGUGCCUCAGUAUGCCAAAUGCAACAUCCAUUAAUCUUAUGAAGGAAUAUGUGAUGAAUUACGAUAGAAAUGUGCAGAAAUAUCCGGACAUUCGCGCAGCUCAGACAGACAAACGAAAGCUAAAAGAUCUCUACCUCAAGCUUUGCAAAAUCGCCGACUAUCGGCACGCGGCGCGACACGAUUUCGUCCGGGAUUUAAUGAAGAAUUCCGGUUAUACGGAUGUUGUAUAUAAAUACCGAAACACCCAUAUCUCCUUGAUUCUCGCGGAAAUUGAGUUAUUCCAAAAUAUUCUCCUCUUCUUGGGACAGUGUUACAAUAGCAUCCUCCCACAUUCCACCGAGUUUCCCCAAACUUUCCGGAAGCCGAUACUGCCUCUUCAUGCCGUAACGGGAGAACAGACACAACGAGCGGAAGAAAUUCUUCGGCGAGUUUGCCUGGAAGCACCGAUGGAUUUCUGCCUGGGAAUGGCUUGUGGAAGCUUCCAGCAGGAACUCUGUGAUUUUGUGGAUAUCGUUUCGGACGAUAAAGCUUACUGGGAACAGAUGCUGCAGAUAAUUCGCUUUUUUCUGGAUGAAGUGGCUCAAAGAGUGACACACAAAAUUAAACAUUGUAAAAUCGAUACACCAAAAGAAAAUCCGACCGACGAUGCGAAGGAGUCACCGCAAAACGAAGACGAAAGCGAAAACACGAAAGAUACGAUUCCCGAAAAUAUUUCCGCAGAAUAUUCGAAUGAAAGCGAAAAAUCAGAUACGGAAAUGGAGCACCGAAAAACUGCUCGCUUGGUUCAUAAAUUACUGGAAAGUAAAACGAUUCCGGAUGAAAACGGAACAGACACCAGUAGUUCAUGGUUCGAGGAGUUUAAAAAGUACGAUUACGACGAAUUCAUCUCCACCGUGAAGCACGACAUCGCAGAAAUGCAGGAGCAACAUCGAGAUGCUGCUCUAGAUUCCGGCGAUGGUCAACCGGAAGUGGACGAAGUGGAAGUUGCGAAUGCAAUGCAACGGACCAGAAAACUGAAGAAAAUCGUUACCGAAACCGUAAUUCAGGAGGUGGAUUAUACGAUGCUGCGAGUGUGCCGCAUCACCGUCGCCUGCAUCCGAAAGUGUGAAGCAGUGCGCAACACAGCCAAGGAAACGUUCUGUGUCAUGGAUCACUGGCUGCAGGAUGCACAUCGCAAAGAGCAGUAUUUAGCUGAUGAAUUUUAUCAGAGUAUUUUAGCAAUAAUAAACUCCUCUCAAAAUCAGCAGCUGCUCUCCGAUAAUAAAAUUAAGGAAAUUAUCGGUGAUUUUGUUUGGGAUACCGAUAAAUAA